AUGACUCUGCUCGCGGUUUUGUUCCUCUUCACGAGCCAGGCUACUGCUAAGUGGCUAUGGUCGAGCUCGCCAGCCAAUGCGUCCGAUAUUAUGCGGCAGACAUACCCCUUGGGCAAUGGUCGCUUAGGUUUCAUGCCUGCUGGGAGUCCUGGAUCAGAAUUUGUAACUAUUAAUUUAGAUAGUCUUUGGGCAGGCGGGCCAUUUGAAAACGCAAGCUACUCUGGUGGCAAUCCUCCCGACGACCGAUCUCAUUUCUUGACUGGAAUCCGCGAACAAAUCUUUCGCAAUGGAGAGGGGAACGUCGAUGGACUUCUUAGCCCGAUUUCUUCAUACGGAACAUACACACCUCUGGCAAACUUGACCAUCGAUAUAGAUGGGAUCAACACAUUUUCUUCCUAUUUUCGAGGCCUGGACCUGGCCUCUGGAGUCCAUUCCGUGAACUUUACGAGUGGCGGUCAAAAAUAUCACAGUUCUACCCUGUGUUCUCAGCCAGACGAUGUUUGCGCCUACAGUAUCUCAUCUAAUAUGCCACUACCGCGUAUUUCUUUUGGAUUACACAAUAAUUUUCUCGACAUAAAACUUCUGAACACGACUUGCGACCGUGGCCGACUAGAGAUAUCAGGCCAUCUUGCACAACCGGGUAUGCAGUUCAUUGGGGUAGCCCAAUCAACUCGUCCCACGGCUUUGAUUUGCAAUGGAAACCAAUUGGUACUGCCAGCCAAGUCUAGUCAUACCGAAGUUACUAUUGUAUUCGGGGCUGGUACAAACUACGACGCGAAGCAUGGGAACAAAGCAGCGGGCUAUUCUUUUAUCGGAGUUGACCCAGCCCCAGCAGUGAAAAAAACAGUUUUGACUGCUGCAUCAAAGUCAUACGAAGAAAUUCUGAAAAGACACACCAAAGACUACAAAAGUCUCUUUGAAUCCUUUGAGCUUGUGUUGAAAGAUUCCGCCAACUCUGACAGUGUCGAAACGGCCACAUUGCUCUCUGAUUAUGACACUGCUGAAGGGAAUCCCUUCUUGGAGUCACUUUUUGUCGACUACGGGCGUUAUCUCCUGAUUUCUUCAUCCCGAGAGAACUCGUUACCUGCUAAUCUCCAAGGGAAAUGGGCAGAACUGCAGAGCCCGGCAUGGAGUGCUGACUAUCAUGCAAAUAUCAAUCUGCAAAUGAAUUACUGGGCAGCACCGCAAGUCGGUCUUGGAGCUCUACAAAAACCACUGUGGGAUUUCAUCGAGCAGACGUGGGUUCCGUAUGGCCAAGAGACUGCGCGGCUGCUGUAUGGCGCAGUUAAUGGUUCAUGGGCGAUACAUGACGAAAUAAACAUUUUUGGCUACACUGGAAUGAAGAAUGAAGCCACCUGGGCAGACUACCCUCUUGCGGGUACUUGGAUGGCUCUACAUAUUCCAAAUUGGUUGGAAUAUUCAGGCGACACGGAAUGGUAUCAAAGACAAGGGUACCCAUUGCUUAAAGGUACAGCGCAGUUUUGGUUAUCGCAACUUCAAGAAGAUCGAUAUUUCAAUGACAGCACGUUGGUCGUCAACCCGUGCAAUUCUCCCGAACAUGGACCGACAACAUUCGGAUGCUCUAAUCAUCAGCAGCAGAUUUUUGAGCUGUUUGAUAGAAUAAUUGCCACAUGGUCUGUUAGCAAUGAUGAUGAUGAUGAAUUCAAUAAAAGCGUGAAGAAAGCACUGGCGCACCUAGACAGAGGGAUUCACAUCGGGUCUUGGGGACAGUUGCAGGAAUGGAAGCGCGAUAUCGAUACCCAAAACGAUACGCAUCGUCAUUUGAGUGGUCUCACAGGCUGGUAUCCCGGAUACAGUGUCUCGGGAUUAGGUGAUACCCAAGUGACGAAAGCUGUCGAGACAAUGUUGUGGUCUCGCGGAACUGGAAAGAACAGCGAAGAUAAUCCAGGAUGGGCCAAAGUGUGGCGAUCGGCAUGCUGGGCACACCUCAACAACACAGAGCGAGCAAAUUUCGAGUUGCGAUUCAGCAUUUCGGAGAAUAUGGCUGGAAAUGGGUUGUCGCAGUACUCAGGACAUAAUGCGCCAUUCCAGAUCGAUGCUAAUUUUGGGUUCGUCGCUGCAGUGACUGCUAUCUUGAUUCGCGAUCUGCCUCAGUAUCAUGACGAUGAUAGCGUUCACGAAGUGCUCCUAGGCCCUGCGAUUCCCUCUUCAUGGAGUGGUGGCUCGGUUCGUGGACUUAAAUUACGCGGCGGGGGCAGUGUGGCAUUUUCUUGGGACAAUGAAGGCGUUGUGGAGGAGGCCACUGUCAGCGGGAGAAUGAAGCCAUUGAGAAUGGUCAACGUGAAAGGGAUAAAAAUCGACACUUGA